AUGAGGGCACCGCUGCGGCAGGUCGCUCUGCUGGACCACGGCUUUUAUGCCUACCCCGACGAUGAUGACCAGAAGGUAAAGACUCAGCGGCCGCGAUCAGCGGACCAACCAGGAGUAUUCCAGGCCCAGACAGGGGACCCAGCGGCGGAGGAGUGGUCUCAGUGGAGUGUGUGUUCUCUGACGUGCGGUCAGGGCUGGCAGGUGCGGACGCGCUCGUGUGUGUCCUCUCCGUACGGGACGCUGUGCAGCGGGCCACUGCGGGAGACCAGGCAGUGUAACAACACCGCCACCUGCCCAGUCCAGGGUCUGUGGGAGGACUGGUCAGCGUGGAGCCUGUGUUCGGCCACGUGCGGCCGCGGGUCUCGGACUCGGAGCCGGAGCUGCGUGGAGCCCCUGGAGGCUAGCGCCACCUGCAGGGGCCCAGAGGUGCAGUCCAAGCUCUGCAAUAUAGCCGUGUGCCCGGUGGAGGGCCAGUGGCUGGACUGGUCAGCGUGGUCGGAGUGCAGCGUGACGUGUGGCGCGGGCUCUCAGCAGAGGCAGCGGCGCUGCAGCAGGAGUGUGCACGGCUGGGCCGAGUGUAAGGGCUCCCACGCAGAGACCAGGGAGUGCAGCAAGCCCUCGUGUGGAGGAGGUGGUAAUUGGGGCGAUUGGAACUCGUGGAGUCCGUGCUCCAAGACGUGUGACUCUGGUUGGCAGCGGCGCUUCCGCAUGUGUGAGGGCACGGGCGUCCAGGGUUACCCGUGCGACGGCUCUGGAGAGGAGGUGCGAGCCUGCAACGACAAGAAGUGCCCAGCCCCCAAUGAGAUCUGCAAGGACGAGUACCUGCUCGCCAUCACGUGGAAGCGGGCAUCAGCUGGAGAGACUGUCUACAGCAAGUGUCCAGCCAAUGCCACUGGAUCUGCUAGUCGUCGUUGUCUCCUGGACUCUAUUGGCGUUGCUUACUGGGGUCCUCCGAGCUUCGCCCGAUGCGUCUCACUCGAGUAUAGAUAUUUACAUUUAUCUUUGCGAGAGCAUCUUGCGAAGGGGCAGAGGACCCUAGCUGGAGAGGGCAUGUCUCAGAUCGUGAGGAGUCUCCUGGAGCUCAUGACCCAGCAGGCCUACUACAGCGGGGACCUCCUGACCUCUGUGGAACUCCUCCGAAAUGUGACGGACACCUUCAAGCGAGCAACCUACGUACCAGCUCCCGACGACGUGCAGAAAUUCUUCCAGAUUGUCAGCUUGAUGUUGGACAUGGAAAACGUUGAGAAGUGGAAAGAUGCCCACCAGGUCUCUCCAGGUGCUGCUCUCUUGAUGAAAGUUGUGGAAGAUUUCAUUCAUUUCCUUGGCGAGUCACAGAAGCCUUUUCAGACUUAUCUGGCAGUGACCAACAACCUCAUGAUCUCAAUCCAGCGUGAGCCGGUCUCGGCCGUCUCUAGUGACAUUAACUUCCCGGUCAAAGGUCGCCGGGGGAUGAAGGACUGGGCACGGACUGCCGAGGACAAACUCUUCAUCCCCAAAGAGGUCUUCAACCUGUCCUCUGAGGAGUCCGAUGAAACCUCCUACUUCGUCAUCGGAACCAUCCUCUACCGCACCCUGGGCUACCUCCUCCCAGAACCAAAAGAGUCGUUGGUGAUCAACUCAAAGAUUCUGACCGUGAUGGUGCGACCGCAGCCAAAGCUCACUGAUCCCGUGGUCGUGGUGCUCGCACCUCUGCUCAACGGUACGACAGAUCCACAGUGUGUCACCUGGGACUAUGGGAACAUGUGAGGCACUGCUUCCCCACCCUCUCUUACAAACUGGGAAUCGGAGGGUUGCCAGACGCUCCCGUCUCCUGUCCACACCAAAUGCCUCUGCAACCAGAUCUCCACCUUCGCCGUGCUCGCGCAGAAAGUUAAAGGCCCGGUCAUGCCUCCCUCCGGGAUGCCGUCCGUUCCCCUGAUGGUGGGCAGUGGUGUGUCCUGCACUGCCCUCUUUGUCCUGCUGCUCAUAUAUGCUGCCUUCUGGAGGUAUAUCCGUUCGGAGAGGUCCAUCAUCUUGGUGAACUUCUGCCUCUCCAUUCUCGCCUCCAACAUGCUAAUUCUGGUAGGACAGUCCCAGACACUCAGCAAGGGACUGUGCACUAUGACAGCUGCCUUUCUGCACUUCUUCUUCCUGGCGUCGUUCUGCUGGGUGCUGACGGAGGCGUGGCAAUCCUACCUGGCCGUCAUCGGCAAGAUGAGGAGUCGCCUCAUACGCAAGCGUUUCCUGUGCCUGGGCUGGGGUCUCCCAGCUCUCAUUGUAGCCGUGUCUGUAGGCUUCACCCGGGCAAGAGGAUAUGGCACCUCCAGCUACUGCUGGUUGUCUCUAGAAGGUGGUCUCCUCUAUGCGUUUGUGGGGCCUGCAGCGGUCAUUGUCCUGGUUAACAUGCUGAUUGGGAUUGUGGUGUUCAACAAGCUCAUGUCCAGAGAUGGCAUUUCAGACAAGUCGAAAAAGCAGCGAGCUGGGGCGUCGCUGUGGAGCUCCUGCGUAGUGCUCCCCCUGCUGGCGCUGACGUGGAUGAGCGCCGUGCUGGCCAUCACUGACCGGCGCUCCACGCUCUUCCAGGUGCUCUUCGCCGUCUUCGACUCCGUCCUGGGCUUCGUCAUCAUCACAGUGCACUGCGCCAUGCGCCGCGAGGUCCAGGACGCGGUGCGCUGCAGGAUGGGCGGGUGCAAGGACGACAGCGAGAACUCUCCGGACUCCUGCAAGAACGGCCAGGUGCAGAUCAUGACGGACUUCGAGAAGGAUGUGGACUUGGCCUGUCAAACGGUUAUUUUUAAGGAAGUCAACACCUGUAACCCAGCAACCAUCACCGGGACGCUGUCCCGCAUCUCUCUGGACGAGGAGGACGACCCCAAGCUGGCGGCCCACCAGGAGGGGGUCAACUUCAGCAGCCUGCCGGGCAACAUCCCGCCCCCUAACCUCCUGGUGCAGGUGCCCCCACUGGGCACGCUCAACGAGCUGGGCGGGGACUCCACGCCGCUCAAGAAGGAGGUGAACGUGGAGCAGCAGGGCCAGGGCCAGAGCGGUCAGCACCAGCGGUCAGCGCCCGUCUACCUGUGCACCGACAGCGGCCUGGGCUGGGCUCGGCCGGCCGCCGUGUCCUCCGGCUCUCCGGACGGCUCCGGAGGGAGCGGGAGCGGCAGCGGAGGAGGAGGAGGAGGAGGAGGCGAGGGAGACUAUAUGGUCCUGCCGCGGCGAACGGUCAGCCUGAAGCCGCCGCCGCCGCCCAAAGACGAGAGCAAGCCGCUGAACAUCGGCGUGGACGACCCUCCGUUCCCACCUCCGCCGUCGCCCAUGACGCUGCAGCCCGGCGACGGGGAGCCCGUAUACGCGCAAGACUUCAGCUCGGUGGCGGCCGGCAUGCCCAUGAUGGACCACCACCACCACCACCACCACCACCACCACAUGGCCGUCAACCUCAACCGCUCCUACUCCACGCUCAAGCAGCUGCCCGCGCACCACGCCAAC